CAUAUCUUAUUCCACAUUAACUACCGUUCUAAUGGAAAGUUAAUGAGCUUUUUGUUGCAUAUUUGAUACUUAAUAGUUCUAAAUUUAUAGAAAAGGGCUGCCUUUAAUUACUACACCAUCUUGAGAUGGGGUUUCUAGAUCUGUUUUCUGCUGCUUCUAUGCCUGUUCUCAAAGUUCUUAUAGUUACUGCACUUGGCUCAUUUCUUGCACUGGAUUCUAUUGAUAUCUUGGGACAAAGUACAAGGAAGCAAGUCAAUAAUAUUGUGUUCUUUGUGUUCAGUCCAGCACUUGUGGGCAACAAUCUUGCUAGAACAAUCACUCUCGAAAGCAUCAUUUCUAUGUGGUUUAUGCCUGUGAAUAUUCUUAUUACAUUCAUAAUUGGGUCAGCACUUGGAUGGGUGCUUUUGAUAAUCACUAAACCACCUAAACAUCUAAAGGGCCUCAUCCUAGGUGCAUGCGCAGCUGGAAACAUGGGAAACUUGCCUUUGAUUAUAAUCCCAGCUGUAUGCAAAGAGAAAGGAAGUCCCUUUGGUGAUCCUGAUGUUUGUCAUGAGUAUGCCAUGGCUUAUGCUUCAUUAUCUCUGGCAAUUGGAGCGAUAUAUUUGUGGACUUAUGUGUACAACCUAGUAAGGGUAUUCUCGGAUCAUUCCCAGGACUCUGAUAACAUUGUUGUCAAAGAGACAGAAACCAUGAAAGAGGAUUUGACUGAAACCUUGCUUCCAUCAUCUUCAUCUACUGUUAACACGAAGGGAACAUUGAAGGUGAUAUUAGAUAGAAUGAAGCAACAUUUGGGGAACUUUUCAAGACGGGUUAACUUAAAGGCAUUGUUCGCACCAUCGACCAAUGGAGCGAUUGUAGGUUUCAUUGUGGGAACAAUCGCACCAAUGCGUAAGCUAUUAAUAGGCACCACAGCUCCUCUUCGAGUUAUACAAGAUUCUGCAUCAUUAGUAGGGUUUGAAAGGAUCAUCUCGUGUCUCGUUACCAAUUGUGCUAGGAAUCGUAGCAGUUCGGUUAGUUGUGUUGCCACUUUUUGGCAUUUUAAUCAUGAAGGGAGCCGUUUAUGUGGGCUUAGUGCAUGCAGAUCCUCUUUAUCUAUUUGUUCUUCUCUUACAGUUUGCGCUUCCACCUGCUAUGAACAUUGGUACAAUAACACAGUUAUUUUGGAGUUGGUGAGAGUGAAUGUUUGGUGAUUAUGUUGUGGGCUUAUGGUUUAGCUUCUGUGACACUGACCCUUUGGUCAAUGUUCUUCAUGUGGCUCGUGGCUUGAUUUGUUUGAUUGCCAAUCAGAAAAUUUCCAAAAUUGGGAAAUACAACGUAAAAGGACCAAUGAUUCUUGACACAAGUUGCAAUUCAUUUGAGCAACACCUACGACUAA